CAAUUCAUAUAGAAGUAAAAAAUGGCGUAAUAUUUGUGUUGCUUUCCAUAUCAGUGCUGAGAAUUUAUUGAAAAUUUGCGUGGAAUUUAACUGAAAGCAUAAAUAAAUUAUUACAAAACUGUGAAAAAAAUACUUGCCAACAAAGUAACAACAAAAUUCACAUAAAAAUGAUUGUUGAAACAAAAUAAAACAAGAAAGAAACAUACGUGUUUGCCAAUUACAAAAAAAAAAGAGUAUCGAAGAAAAAAAGAGAAAAAUCGGCACACACAAAUUUCGGUGUCAAUGUAUGCGUGUGUGUAUGUGAGGCACCACAACAAAACAUAACGCGUAAGCCCGUCAAAAAACGAAACACAAAUAUCAACUAAUUUACAUUUUCCGUAAAUAAAUCCAAGCGGUAAUUGAAGUGUAGUUGAUGGGAUGCCGCAAUAAAAAAAGAAAACUAAGUUUUAAAUACUGAGAGGAUUAUAUUUUGAACGCUAAAUAAAAGGAAAGUCUUCGUAAGGCGAAGAAAAACCAACAGCAUUUUUGUUGGCAGCAGCAGCCAAAGAAAACGAAGAAAAGGCUGCAAAUCGAAGAAAAAGAAAAACACAAACAACUCGCUUGUCAGAAGCUAAGAAGAAGAAUUUUCACAGCAACAACAAUUGGCCCAUUAAAAGCCCCAGCCCCAAAAAAUCUUUGCCAAUUUGCUGCGUUUAAAAACUUCAAUAUAAAAUCCCUCAAAGAUUACAAUUAUGUCUGGUGGUGGACAAGACUCCACUAGCAGUAGUAGCACUAAUGGCAGUGCAACUAAUGGGGUGUCAUCAUCAGCGGUAGCCACAACUCCCACAUCGACCGGACAAUCGCUGAAUCAAAGAUCUCGCGGCCGACCGGCUAAACGGGCAACCUGCACUUGGUGUGGCGAAAGUAAACAACCGUUGCAAUAUGUUCUACCAACCCAGAAUGGUAAAAAGGAAUUUUGUUCGGAGACCUGUAUAGCGGAAUUUCGUAAGGCCUAUAGUAAAGGUGCUUGCGCCCAGUGUGACAAUGUAAUUCGCGAGGGAGCACCCAAUAAAGAAUUCUGCUCGCUAAUGUGCAUGAAUAAACAUCAGAAGAAAAAUGGUCCAACAAGAUCGCUGAGCAACGGUUCGCGGGGAGAUACACCGGGUGGCAAGGGAAUGGGCGGCGGUGGUUCGUGUACACCAACUGGACCAUUCCAAUAUGAAAGUUUUCAUGUUUUUGAUUGGGAUGCUUAUUUAAAGGAAACUGGUUCUGAGGCAGCUCCGCCAGAAUGUUUUAAACAGGCGCUGAAUCCACCAGUUAAUGAUUUUAAAAUCGGCAUGAAACUAGAAGCUUUAGAUCCACGUAAUGUUACCUCAACCUGUAUAGCGACCGUUGUUGGUGUCCUCGGAUCCCGUUUACGUUUACGCCUUGAUGGUAGUGACAGUCAAAAUGAUUUCUGGCGUUUGGUCGACUCGAACGAGAUUCAUGCCAUUGGCCAUUGUGAAAAGAACUUCGGCAUGUUGCAACCACCACUUGGGUUUCGCAUGAAUGCCUCCAGCUGGCCCGGCUAUCUAUGUAAAAUUUUAAAUAAUGCCAUGGUAGCACCGGAAGAGAUUUUCCAGCCAGAGCCAGCUGAUCCACCCGAAAAUCUCUUCCGUGUGGGCCAAAAGCUCGAGGCGGUCGACAAAAAGAAUCCACAAUUGAUUUGCUGUGCAACAGUUGAUGCGAUUAAAGACGACCAGAUCCAUGUGACAUUCGAUGGGUGGCGUGGAGCUUUCGACUAUUGGUGCAGCUACAAAUCUCGUGAUAUAUUCCCAGUUGGUUGGUGCGCCCGUAGUUGUCAUCCAAUGCAACCGCCGGGUCAUAAAUCACGCAUGGAUUCCAGUUCGAGUAAACAUCGUAGUCCACGCCAACGCUAUACAUUUAUACAGGAAACCGAUUCAAUGGUCCCAGCCACACCAGUGACAGCACAUUUCCAUACCAAUUGUAAGGGUGGACCGUUUAUCAACAGUGCAAAGCUACCAUCAAUGGUGACGGGGCCAACACAUCAAACGCUAGCAAAGUUAUGUCUUCAGGAGGUGUUGGCAGCCAGUACAGAUACGCAACAAUUAUCAAAACUAUUGUUUGCAUUGGAAGGUGAUGUUCACAUAGUUACGGCCGCAGGAAAGAAUUUUACGGUAAAAAUUCCAUCACCUCUACGCAUGAGAGAUGACGAUAGUUUGGCACAAUUUAUUGAAACUCUAUGUACAACAUGCAGGGCAUGUCCAAAUCUAAUAUCGCUAUCUCCAGAUACGGAGGAUUGUGAAAAAUGUUCGAAUUCCAAGAAGAGACCAUUGUCACAAACGUCCAACGCCACUGGCUCGUCCGAGAGUUCGACACCAGUAAUUCCAGAAAAACGCAGUAAAACUCCCAGCAGCAGUGAAAAGAUAACCAUUAAACAGGAGGUAGCCACUUCCACAACAACGGCGGCAAAUUCAUCUGUGGACAGUAGUGGUAGUAACAAUACAGGGAGCAGUACAACAAAUGCAACAUCCACAACCAAUACAAAUAAUCAUUUCAACAAUCAAAGCAACGCCAAGGAGCCUUCCAAUAGUACUCCAACGGCACCCACAUCAUCGACAAAUAAAAAUCAAUCUCCACAUAGCAGUAGUGGCAAAAAUAUGCAUGGCAAUAGUGGCAAUAUUAAUAAUCAUAAUGAGACGACAACUAGCAAUGGCGGCAGUGUUGGUGUUCUACCGAAUAAUGCCCAUAUUAAAAUUGAACCGUCGACAGUGGCUCCUGCGACGGCGGCAAGCACAAAUGGUGUCCAGAAUGCAACACAGGCCCAGGCUUUAAGGCAAGUGCGCAUACAUCAUCAUUCAAAUAGUAAUACGGCGACAGCUGCUGCAGCAUCAUCUUCCUCCACACCAUCAUCAUUAUCACUGUCGUCGACAACUUCAUCCACUGGAACGCAUCGAGACGAACACAAGCAACAACAGCAGCAAUCACAUCAACAUUCCCUAAACAAUUCGAAUUUCAAGUACUUGGCACCCAUGGUAGCAGAAGUACAUCCAGAACAAUCAAAUUUAAUUGCUGCUGCCUCGGCCACAGCGUCCACAACCUAUAAAUCUCCUUCCACACUAUCAUCUAGUGCUUCGUUACCUACAUCCGUAUCUACACCAUUCUGCGCCUCACAGUCUACAUCGUCGACGGUAGCCUCGGCUACGGCCGUCAUACCCUCAACAUGUUCAUACGGUGGUACUGUCACUGUGCCAGUACAUCAUAAUCCACAUAAUACAAAUGGUACAAUGGGUGCUGCUUUACCUCCAUUACGUGCCCAACCAGGGGAUUGGUCAAUUGAGGAAGUUAUACAGUUUAUCGAGAGCAAUGAUAGUUCAUUGGCUGUUCACGGUGAUCUCUUCAGGAAACAUGAAAUUGAUGGCAAAGCCUUGUUAUUGUUAACCUCAGAAAUGAUGAUGAAAUAUAUGGGUCUCAAAUUAGGACCAGCCUUAAAAAUUUGCAAUUUAGUUAAUAAAGUGAAUGGUCGUCGCAACAUGUCCCUGUAAAUAAAACGAAACAGCAGCAGCAACAAUGAAGUUGUAGCAGACAGCUCAUACAGCCUUUAGACCCUCUCCGCCACCUGUUACCAAUACAUGAUGCCCUCAUAUAAACAAAACAAUUCAACCAAUCAACCUACAUACCUACAAAUAACAUAUUUAGUGAACUACCUUAACCGACAAAACACCAAAUAUUCCAUUCAACAAAUCCCCUCAUAAAGAAUAUAUACGAAAAUGAAAAACGGGAAAAUAUCUCAAGAAACAUAUUUAAACAGAUAAAAAAACAAUGAAGUAGAUAUAUAACUUCUCAAAGGAAACCAUAACACGCAUUCAAACAUAUAUAAUCAAUAAAUUAUAUAGACAGAAAAAGAACACAACACAACCACACAGUCACACAUAGUAUCAUUUAUGAAAUCUCUUUUAUUGCACAAUACCGGAACGGAACAGAUCAAUACUACUAAUACACAAACAUACAUAGCGCUACACAAUAAUUUUACAAGACACAAAAAAUUGAAUUUCGCCUAGAUUUCAAGUGACGAUUUAAUUAAUUUUCCUUUACACAAAUAUUGUGUAUUAUUACUUUUCGGGACACAUAACAUUUUUAAGGAUUAUGGUUUGGUUUUUUAAUAAAUUUGUUUAUAAAUAUGAUUUGUGUAAUAAACACUAUCGCCCCCUAUAUCAAAAACAAACAGUACAUACAUAUAUAGCAAUAACACGGUAGUGAAUAUAGAAGGCGCCCAAGGCGGUGGUGUGAUGUAUACCAAUUAAAAAAUAUAUUUUUAUUUUAAUUUCUUGUUAUCUUUUUUGUAAUAUCAACUGAUUUUCUUUUUAGUUAAACACUUUUCCAUCUACCUACUAUACGUAUACACAAAUCUUGGGGUUUUCCCCUGGGAAACCUAUUUUUAUUAUUUAAUUUAAUCUGUAUUAUUUUAUUCUUGUAUUUUAGUUAUUCAUAUACAUAUUUUUUAAUCAGCGGCAAAUGUCAAACAUAUGCAUUGAAAAAAGGAUAAUAUUACAUACAUAUAAAGAUAACACAAAACAAACACACACAAAAUAAAAAUCGAAAUUUUCUCAUUAUUAUAAUUAAAUUGUGAAUUUUAAGUUUGAUUUUUCUU